CAUGGCUGCUCUACUUGGUAUCGUCUCUCCGGUGACCUUCACCGGCAAGCUCCCGGUAAAUUUCCGAUCCCGUCGGAUAACGGUGGUCAAAUGCUCGGAGGAACGCCGUAUUCUAUUCAACCGCAUUGCUCCGGUUUAUGAUAACUUGAAUGAUCUCUUAAGCUUAGGUCAGCAUCGAAUUUGGAAGAACAUGGCUGUCUCAUGGAGCGGAGCAAAAAAUGGAGAUUACGCUCUUGAUUUGUGUUGUGGAAGUGGUGAUUUAGCGUUUCUCUUGUCUGAGAAAGUUGGUCCAGCCGGCAAGGUGAUGGGUUUGGAUUUCUCAUCUGAACAACUAGCUGUUGCAGCAUCGAGACAGAAACUUAAGGCAAGGUCUUGUUACAAGUCUAUAGAGUGGAUUGAAGGUGAUGCUCUUGAUUUGCCAUUUGGUGAUUGUGAAUUCGAUGCGAUAACGAUGGGUUAUGGUCUUAGAAACGUUGUUGAUAGACUUAGAGCCAUGAGGGAGAUGUAUCGGGUUUUGAAACCAGGUUCAAGAGUCUCCAUACUUGAUUUCAAUAAGAGCAACCAAUCCGUUACUACAUUUAUGCAGGAUUGGAUGAUAGACAAUGUAGUUGUCCCUGUGGCUACUGUUUAUAGUCUUUCAAAGGAGUAUGAAUAUCUGAAAGAUUCAAUCAAUGGUUACCUAACAGGAGAAGAGCUAGAGACUCUUGCUCUAGAAGCUGGCUUCUCAAGUGUCCGCCAUUAUGAGAUAAGCGGUGGUUUCAUGGGGAAUUUAGUCGCUGUGAGGUAAGCAAAUAACGUUCAACCUUCUACACCAGAUAGAUUGACACUAUCUUUAUCUGGAUUUGUAUAAGAAAAGAGAAAGGCUUGGCGUUAAGAUGAUGCAAAUUGAUCUAUAAAUGUUGAGAAAUUUUAUUGAUCUGUAUAACUUACUCUUCUGAUCAAACUGUCAGUGUCAUCUGUCUCUGGUACACUACUCUCUUAGCUAUCCCAACGAUGAUCAUGAAUCUUUUCUCCCAGUUUAA